UCCUCUCGCAUGCUCAACUACUCUCUCUCUACACGGCGUCUUUCUCUUCUCACAGCCAUGCAUACAAAAUACUCGCAUAUAUUUGACGUAAUUAAAAAAUAUUUAAUUCAUCAAAUAGGAUUUUUUAAUUAUUAUUUCUCUCUCUAGAUUUGGUGUCCUUUCGAGAAUGUGUCUCUCUGUAGCAUUUAUCUGGACAAGCUUGAUAUCUGAUAUAUUUGCCAUUUGCCUUUCUGCUUGGCAUGUAAGGUGCAUCUUCUGCUAGGAAAUAUCUGAAUAGAAGUCAGUAGACAUUUUUUUGCAUAUUUUAUCUGUUUGUAUGCAACUGUAUGCGAAAUGAGCUCCAGAAGGCUGCUAUUUGAUCUUAAUGAACCUGCUACUGAGGAUGAAGACGACAGUGGUGAUGUCUUAUGCUUCCAGCCUCAGAGAGCUGUUCCUUCUUCAAGUACUGCUACACCUGACUUGUUUGUGGCAUCAGAUGGUCCUCAAGGGAUAGUCAAUAACUAUGCGUUUUCCCAUGCUUCCUCUGUUUCGGGUUUCCAGCCUUUUGUUCGGCGUAAAAAUGCUCAGGGAUCCAAUCUUUCUACUGAAACAAGGAGUACCGGGGACAUGCCUCCGAAUCUUGCCUUAACAUCUGAACCAAGUCAUGGCAAAGAUAUAAAUGUUUCUCCAAAGCUGGAGUCAGCUUCUGUAGGUGCUCAAACUGUUGAGAAGGAGGAAGGGGAAUGGUCGGAUGCAGAGGGUUCUGCUGAUGCUUAUAGGAGUGGUAUUGUGGAUGAAGAAUCAAUUUCUGGUAAUAGUAAAGAUUUACAGGAGAAAAUUUUGGUUGAGAAUGUGGCAAAUAAUGACCUGGUUGUCAGUUCAGAGAAUGGCUCGCUAAAUUCUGGUGACGUAAAGAAUGAAAGUAUUAGCCCUUCUUCAGGACUGGAUCCAGAAACAAAUGGUAGGAAAGGUGAUGUAUUUACAAAUGGCAAGGAAGAUACUCCUCAGGUGCCAAAACAAAGAGAAAUCAGAGGAGUCGAAGCAAAUCUUGCAUUGAAGUGUGCAAAUAAUCUUGGAAAGCGUCCUAAGUUUGAUCAGCAUAAGGAAGCGAUGCUAGGGAAGAAGCGCAGUAGGCAGACCAUGUUUCUCAAUUUAGAAGAUGUUAAGCAAGCUGGUCCUUUGAAGGCAUCAACUCCUAGAAGGCAAAUUCCAGCACCUGUCAUCACUCGGACUGUGAAAGACGGUCAACAUGUACCACUGUCUGCUGAUCGCGGGGAUAAACAAUUUCAGCCUACAACCAAGGACUUAAAACAGGCUGAUUUAUCAAACAAUGAAGGGAACAAUUCUCUGGAGGCUAAUGAUUCUAAAUCUGAAAGUAAUGAUGAUAAUAUUUUAGGACCUCUUGGACGUUCAAGGAGGUUGAAUAAUUUGACAGAUCCCAUUGCAGAAGGGCAAACGGCACCCAUUUCUAGACAGAGUUCGUGGAAGCUUCCCACUGAUAUGAGGCAACUUAAGAAUUCUCAGGUCCCUGGUAGGAAGCUAUCUGUAAGCGGCCUGAGUGCUACUGAUUCUAAAUUGGCAUUGAAGAAAUUGCCUUCAAAGAAACAAUCUGCAGUAAGUUCUCAGUAUCACGAUACAUCAGUGGAACGCCUUUUACGCGAGGUGACAAAUGAGAAGUUUUGGCACCAUCCAGAGGACGAGGAGCUUCAACGUGUUCCUGGUCGCUUUGAAUCAGUGGAAGAGUAUGUCAGAGUAUUUGAACCUUUGCUCUUUGAGGAAUGCCGGGCACAACUUUUCAGUACUUGGGAGGAGUCAAUUGAAACAUUUUCAGGUCAUGUUAGGGUCAGCAUAAAAAGUCUAGAAAGACGGGAAAGAGGGUGGUUUGAUGUGAUACUUCUCCCACCACAUGAAUACAAAUGGACUUUCAAGGAAGGUGAUGUUGCUGUUCUUUCAUCGCCCAAGCCUGGAUCAGUCAAUUUUAAGAGGAACAGUUCGUCAGCACUUCAAGAUGAGGAUAGUCCUGAAGUUAAUGGUCGUGUUGCUGGCACAGUGAGGCGGCAUAUACCUAUUGAUACACGCGAACAUCCUGGGGCAAUCCUUCAUUUUUAUGUUGGGGAUUCAUAUGAUUCCAACAGCAAAAUCGAUGAGGAUCAUAUUGUGCGGAAACUCCAACCAGGGGGCAUCUGGUAUCUGACUGUGCUUGGUUCUCUUGCGACCACACAGAGAGAAUAUGUAGCUCUGCAUGCAUUUCGCCGUCUUAGUUUGCAGAUGCAAAAUGCAAUUCUUCAGCCUAGUCCAGAACAAUUUCCUAAAUAUGAAGAGCAGCCACCAGCGAUGCCAGAAUGCUUUACUCCGAACUUUGUUGAACACCUACGCAGGACCUUCAAUGGACCCCAGCUAGGAGCAAUACAGUGGGCUGCAAUGCAUACAGCAGCUGGUACAUCCAAUGGCACAACAAAGAAGCAAGAUCCAUGGCCUUUUACUUUAGUUCAGGGGCCUCCGGGCACUGGCAAGACUCAUACAGUGUGGGGAAUGCUAAAUGUGAUCCAUCUUGUACAAUAUCAACAUUACUAUACUGCAUUGUUAAAGAAACUGGCACCUGAAAGCUAUAAGCAGGUGAAUGAGAGCAACUCUGAUACUGUGGCCAUUGGAUCCAUUGAUGAAGUUCUCCAAAGCAUGGAUCAGAAUCUCUUUCGCACUCUCCCGAAACUUUGCCCAAAACCUAGGAUGCUUGUCUGUGCUCCCUCAAAUGCUGCGACUGAUGAGCUGCUUUCACGUGUUCUGGAUCGUGGUUUUAUUGAUGGCGAGAUGAAAGUUUAUCGACCUGAUGUGGCUCGAGUUGGGGUGGAUUCACAGACACGUGCUGCCCAAGCUGUUUCUGUAGAACGCAGAACUGAACAGCUUUUAAUGAAGAGUCGUGAUGAAGUUUAUGGAUGGAUGCACAGUUUGAGAGUUCGUGAAACCCAGCUGUCACAGCAAAUUUCUUGCCUUCAAAGAGAACUCAAUGUUGCUGCUGCCAGUGGUCGUGCACAAGGAUCAGUUGGUGUUGAUCCAGAUGUUCUGAUUGCAAGGGAUCAAAAUCGAGAUACUUUGCUUCAAAACCUUGCUGCAGUGGUUGAGAACAGAGACAAGAUACUGGUGGAAAUGUCUCGGCUGUUCAUUCUGGAAAGCAGGUUUCGUAGUGGUAGCAACUUCAACUUAGAGGAAGCCCGUGCUAGUCUGGAGGCAAGUUUUGCCAAUGAAGCUGAGAUUGUUUUCACUACUGUCUCAAGCAGUGGGCGCAAGUUGUUCUCUCGCCUAACUCAUGGUUUUGACAUGGUUGUGAUCGAUGAAGCAGCUCAAGCUAGUGAAGUAGCUGUACUGCCCCCUCUUUCUCUUGGUGCUGCACGUUGUGUUCUUGUGGGGGAUCCUCAGCAGCUUCCCGCUACUGUCAUCAGUAAGGCGGCUGGAACGUUGCUUUACAGUAGGAGUCUUUUCGAGAGGUUCCAGCAAGCAGGCUGUCCAACAAUGUUGUUAUCUGUUCAAUAUAGGAUGCAUCCACAAAUUAGGGAUUUUCCUUCUAGUUACUUCUAUCAAGGACGCCUUACAGAUAGUGAAAGUGUUGCCAAUCUUCCAGAUGAGAUAUAUUACAAAGAUCCCUUACUGAGGCCAUAUAUUUUCUAUGAUAUCACACACGGUCGAGAAUCUCAUCGGGGUGGCUCCGUCUCUUUUCAAAAUACCCAAGAAGCACAGUUUUGUCUUCGUAUAUAUGAGCACCUUCAGAAAACUAUAAAAUCUUCAGGAGUUGGGAAAGUAUCUGUGGGUAUAAUCACUCCAUACAAGCUGCAACUAAAAUGUCUUCAACGGGAGUUCAAGGAGAUCUUAUAUUCGGAGGAAGGAAAAGACAUCUAUAUUAAUACUGUGGAUGCUUUCCAAGGCCAAGAACGUGAUGUGAUUAUUAUGUCUUGUGUUCGUGCAUCUAGUCAUGGAGUUGGGUUUGUCGCAGAUAUUCGGAGAAUGAAUGUUGCUCUUACUCGAGCAAGAAGAGCUCUUUGGGUCAUGGGAAAUGCCAAUGCAUUGAUACAAUCCGAUGAUUGGGCUGCAUUGAUUGCUGAUGCCAAAGCGCGAAAGUGUUACAUGGACAUGGAUUCUCUGCCUAAAGAUUUCUUUGUGCCGGAGUCUUCUACCUAUGGUCUCUUACCUCCCAAGAUUUCUAAUACAAGGGGCUUCAGAUCUGGACCAAGAUAUAGAUCAUAUGAUUCACACAUGGAAUCCAGGUCAGGCACACCAUCAGAAGACGACGAGAAGUCAAAUACAUCUUCAAGUUCUAGGAAUGGUAGUCAUCGACACUUGAAGCCAGGAACAGAGAAUAGUUUGGAUGAUUUUGAUCAAUCUAGUGAUAAAUCUCGAGAUGCCUGGCAAUAUGGCAUUUUAAAGAAGCAAAACACUGCCGGUAUCAUGGGAAAACGAGAUUUGUAGCCAGCUGAUUUAUGAUGUCUGCAAAAUGCCUUUUGCUUUGUGGGAGCCUUCUGAUUAUUACAGUGGGAUUGUGAGUAAUUGUUCUCCCAAUUCUGAUCUCAUGAUCUGGCAUGUCGAAGAGGAUAAGGCUUCCUUAUACGGGGAAAAGAAUUAAUGAGACUCUGGGAACCAAUUUGCUUAUCCAGUGUUGAAUGCUGUAAGAUCGAGAGCUAACUUUUCUCAAGGGUGCCUCUUGAAGUGCUAGUUUCUGGAUGAGCCCCGUCAUAUCAGAGGCUUUCACCUCUCAUGGGAUACAGAGGCACUAUUUUCUGCAUGGGCUCGUCUUCCUUGUGGAAGUAUAAGCACGAAGCUGGCAUAGGUCUCGGACUGUUGAGAGGAGGGCCUCUCGCUGUGUAAAAAGUUAGGCAGUGGACAUAUAUUCUUGAUGUGCGUUAACUGCAAUUCUAAUUCGGCUGAAUUGCUGCUAUUUGAUUUCUGGGAAGGCUGGUUCGAUUCUUGCGGUAGAUCUGAAUUAGAUCGAUAUAGCAAAACUAGGCAAAAUUUUGUACAUAAGCAAGGCAGUGAUUACAGGAUUUUGUGUAUAUAAUUUCGGUAGAACAUACUUAAUUUCAUUAGUAGUUGUAGCACUUAAAAAAUUGCUAUUCCUCUCUUUAUUCGAGAAAAAAAUACAGCUCCAUCAUAAGAACGGGAUUUUCAUUUUAGUACCCCGUUUUUCAGCAAA